UCUGGGCUGUUAGGGGCCCUAAAACCUCUGCGCCCAUCAAAACCUCACCAUUUCAUGCCGCCAAUGCCUGCUCUUUUACUUCACCUCCAAACAGGCAAACAUCUCCUCAGUUGUGUGCGUGUGUAAGAUUAUAGCGAUACUCGUUAUCAUGUGGAGCUAAAAUAAUUACCCCUUCAGCAAUCCGCAUCAAUGAGCAAGGCAUUACAUAGUUUCUCUGGCUGUUCGUCAUUUGGAAGUGGUCAUACAUGUGAGAGACUUUUGGAAGUUGGUUUAAAAAGGGUGACAGUAUCUUGCAUCUUUAAUGGUAGACAUGCUAAAGCUCCAAGCUUGAAACCUCAAAAACCCUAUUUUUCUUUCAGAAGCCACACUAAUCAGUCUUACUCUACCUUCUCCAUUCAGCCACUAUCAAGAAUUGCCCCCCCUAUUCGACCAAUGAGUACAAUUAAUUAUGGUUUAAUGAAUGGUGGCUUUGGUAUCUUUGCACCCUAUAGACAUUUCUCUCAAAUUCCAAGAGCAGUAAUACCUAAAAAUGAUGCAUGUGAUGGAGAAGGAAGAAGGAAAACCACAUCCUUCCUUUCAUUCAAUAAACAUUGGAAACAAACUAAGAGAUUGACUCACAAGAAGCCAUUAGAAGUUGGAGGAAGAACAUCCACUAAAUCUAUAAAAGCUGUUAAAAAAGAUGAUAUACUUGCUUUAAAAGAUUCACCUGUUGAAGAUGGCAAAAUAGAAGUGAAUCUUGUUGACAAUGAAAGCCAGUUGCCUAAAACAAAAGCGAAAAAGAAACCGACUCCCAAAGUCAAGAAAAGUCAAGAGAAGUCUGCUGUUGCUUCUGAGGAACCACCUCCACAACCACAAGCAAGUUCUAAAAAAGUUUCUCGGUCAAAGAAGUCAAAGUCAUCCAAAAAUGACGAGUUGGCUUCUGCUUCAGAGGUUACCCCAAAUGGGAAGCCCACUAUUGAAGUGAGUUUGGAAGAGGAACAACCCAAAGAGACAACUACAACAAGUAAAACCCGCAAAAGAAAACCUAAAACACAAGCCAAAUCUAAUGACACAGUGGAAAUCUCAAAUGUGAGUGAAGUAGCUUCAAAGCCAAAAACCAUGACAAGUGUGAAGAAUAAUAGGACAAUAAGACCCCUAUAUCCUCCCUCUGGUAAAUCUGUAGUGGUGGUGGAGUCUAUGACAAAGGCAAAAGUGAUUCAGGGGUAUCUUGGGGAUAUGUUUGAAGUCAUUCCAAGUUAUGGUCAUGUAAGAGACUUAGCUGCAAGGUCAGGAUCUGUAAGACCAGAAGAUGACUUCAGCAUGGUUUGGGAGGUUCCUUCUGCUGCAUGGACUCAUCUCAAGAGCAUUAAAGUUGCAUUAGCAGAAACCCAAAAUCUGAUUCUUGCAUCAGACCCUGAUCGAGAAGGUGAAGCAAUCGCAUGGCACAUUGUUGAAAUGUUACAACAACAAAACGCGUUGCCAGAAGACAUAAAUAUUGCCCGAGUUGUAUUCAAUGAAAUUACCGAAUCGUCCAUCAAAGAAGCCUUGCGGGCCCCACGAGACAUAGAUUUCAAUUUAGUCCACGCGUAUCUUGCACGAAGAGCUCUCGAUUAUUUAAUCGGAUUCAACAUUUCUCCAUUGUUAUGGAGAAAAUUACCCGGGUGCCAAUCCGCGGGUCGGGUCCAAUCCGUUGCUUUAGCUCUAAUAUGCGAUCGGGAAACCGAAAUCGAUAAGUUUAAACCGGAAGAGUAUUGGUCAAUUGAAGGUGUUUUCAAGAGUCAAAAUGGUCAAACCCCAUCACAUUUAACACAUUAUGAUUCCAAAAAGCUAACCCAGAUGUCGAUUGGUUCUCAAACAGAGGCAAAUGUUAUUGAAAACAUGAUCAAAUCUUCAGAGUUUGAAGUGGUUGGAACAAGUAAAAAAAACUACAAAAGAAUAUCACCACCUCCUUACAUAACAUCUACCCUCCAACAAGAUUCUGCAAGCAAACUACACUUUCCAUCAGCAUACACCAUGAAACUUGCACAAAAGCUAUACGAGGGGGUAAAGUUGCCAGAUGGGAAUUCAGCAGGGUUGAUUACGUACAUGAGAACCGAUGGAUUACACAUGUCGGAUACCGCUGUUGAUGACAUCAGAUCAUUUGUUACAGAAAGAUACGGGAAAAAAUACAUCCCGAAUACCCCCCGAAAGUUUUUCAAAAAAGUCAAAAACGCCCAAGAAGCCCAUGAAGCGAUUAGGCCCACAGAUAUAACAAGACUCCCCUCUAUGCUCUCCACAAUUCUUGAUGAAGAUUCAUUAAAAUUAUACACUUUAAUUUGGUGUCGUUCAAUUUCAUGUCAAAUGGAACCUUCUGUUACAGAACAAAUACAAAUCGAUAUAGGAAACUCAAACAGCUCGAUUAUUUUUCGAGCCUCAAGCUCAAAAUUGGAUUUCCUUGGUUUCCAAGCUGUAUAUAAGGAUAUUGAGAGUAGGAUAAUUAGGAACAAUGAAGACGAACACGAAGGGCAAAAUGGGCAUUUUGAGAUUCUUGACAAUCUAAAAUCCGGGGAUUCAAUGAGUCUUGGAGAAUUAGAACCGAAACAACAUUACACUCAAGCUCCAUCGCGUUACUCGGAGGGUAGUUUGGUAAAAAAGAUGGAGGAGCUUGGAAUUGGGAGACCUUCUACAUAUGCAACAACAAUUAAAGUAUUGAAAGAUAGAAAUUACAUGACAGUGAAAAGCAGAGUGUUGUAUCCAGAGUUUCGUGGGCGUAUGGUGUCUGCUUUUUUGUUUCAUCAUUUCUCUGAGGUUACUGAUUAUAGUUUUACAGCUGAUAUGGAGACUGAAUUGGAUAAUGUUUCGGGGGGUUUGACUGAAUGGAAAGGGUUGCUUAGAGAUUAUUGGACAAGAUUUAGUAAGUAUUGUGAACGUGCUAGUAGUGUUCAUAUUCAUCAAGUGGAGAAGAUGUUGGAGAAAACAUUUGGUGAUUUUUUGUUUGCUUCUCUUCCUGAUCAAAGUAGAUUGUGUCCAAGUUGUAGAGAGGGUACUUUGAUUUUUAAAGUAAGUCGAUUUGGUGCUGGUUAUUUCAUUGGUUGUGAUCAACAUCCUCAGUGCAAGUAUAUUGCUAAGACACUAUAUGGUGAUGAUGAGGAUGAUUCAAGCCCAGAAAAUAGUCGAGCUGUAGAGGAGCCCAAGGUUCUUGGAGUGCAUCCUACCUCUAAUGAAAAGAUUCUAUUGAAGGAUGGUCCAUAUGGUCAUUAUGUUCAGCUUGGUGAAGACAAAAAGGGACACUUACCUAAACGAGCUUCUGUCUCCCAGAUUUCAGAUGUUACUUCUAUUACUUUGGAAGAUGCUCUUCAGUUGCUGCGUUACCCCAUCACUUUGGGAAAACAUCCAGAUGAUGGUUUACCAGUGGUACUGAAGCUUGCAAGACAUGGAUUGUCAGUAAAACAUAGACGUACACAAGCACCAGUACCAAAGAACACGAAUCCUAAUGACAUAACUUUGGAGAAAGCUAUGAAGUUUUUGAUGGGUAAAGAUGCGAAGCAAACUGGGAGGCCCAAGAAGAACAAAGACAAGGAAGCGGUUGAGGUUUUGUAGGUUAGGUAUAUAUAAUUGUUGUUAAAAACUAAAAUUAUUAUUCUAUUUUUUUAAUAAUUUAUAUGAAGAUGUUUUCAUCGGUCUUUUUUUUUUCAAUAACAUGAACUCAAAUGUAGCUCUCGAAAGUUGCUUGAGUUAAGAGGGUUUCAAUUAGAUUUAAAAGGGAGUUUUGGUUGUGAUUGUUGUAAUUUAUAGAAAGAGG